AUGGCGGCCCUCCUCCACCACCACCGCCGGGCGGCGGGCAAGGCGGCGGUAACGGACCCGGUGCUGGGCAGCCAGGUAACGGACACGGUGCUGGGCAGCCAGGUAACGGACACGGUGUUGGGCAGCCAGGUAACGGACACGGUGUUGGGCAGCCAGGUAACGGACACGGUGUUGGGCAGCCAGGUAACGGACACAGUGUUGGGCAGCCAGGUAGCGGACACGGUGUUGGGCAGCCAGGUAGCGGACAAACCGGCGGCCAACCAAGUGGCGGACAAGUCAGCGGGCAGCCGGGCGGCGGCCCGCCAGGUGGCGGCCCUGCCAGCGGACCAUCACUGCAACACCAACAACACCCAGCACCAGCACCCGGGAACGGCACAGGUGGUUCACCUCCGGGCGGCGGAACGAGCGGCGUCGCUCCCGGCAGUGGCGCAGGUGCCGCACCACCCCCGGCACCACCACCAACUCCCGUAGGGGGCGGUCUCAUGCCGCACCAAGUGCCCGGGCAACUCGCAGGCGGCGCCGGCGGCGCGGGACCGCACCAGCAUCCGAGCGGACCUGCAGGCCCCCCUCCGGCGCACUGGGGCCACCCGGCGCACGAUCCGUCCGGUUCUCUGCCGGGACAUGGACCGGCUCUCCUAGGUCCGGGCACCCCAUAUUUGCAUGCGGGAAACGGUACGUCUCAUUCCGACCCUUCGGGAUUUCUACGCCCCGGACCACAGGGUGGCGCCGGCACAGGCCAAUUACCGAGCGACGGAGCAGGCGGAUUAUUUGCAGAGCCGCAUUAUCAACCACCAGGCGGACCGCAAGCUUUUGCAGGUCCGGGUAGCGGAGAGAGCUAUUGGCACGGACAGGUUCCGCACCCAGGACUUCAACUGGGAUCCUACCCGAACCUGUUCGGCGGGGCAAGCCCCCCGGGUGGAGAGGGCAGGCAAUUUUCACAUCACUGUAGCACACCUGCGGCACCACCGUCCAUACCCGGCUCUUCUCCUGGGGCACGUGGGAGGGCAAGGUGGCCCGGCGGACUCCCGCCGUCCGCGAGUGUCCAAGGUAGUCCUCAACCCUCUUCUCAAGCCGGCGGAAGCCCGCGGAUGGCCGCACCUGGAGUUCAGGGAGGAUUUCUUCAUCCCCGAUUGCUACGCAGAGAGAAACCUGACCACAUCAGUCGUCACCUUGAGUAAUAAAGAACUUCUUGCAUGGUGGAUGUACCUAGUUUAUAAAUCAUGCUACGACAUUCAAUAAAUAGUAUCCGAAACCGAAUGCGAAAUGAAAGACCAGACCAUUGUUCCACAAACAUUGUUACGGCUCGUGGCCAGGUAGUUCUGUUUGCAUAAGGCAGCCCCGAGCAGCAGCAGCAGCGUGAAGGUGAAGAUGGUGGAGGAGAGGCGGCGGUGCCUUCGGACGCACCCGCGGAAGGAUCGCCGAACGGCACGGAACCGGGGGGGCGGACCGGAUUGGUUGCACCCCCGAGCAGUCCUGACCAGCAACAACAUGCUGCGCCGACGGCAACAGACGAUUCUCCGGGAAGCGGAAGCAAUAACUCGUCCGGAGGCUCAGGUUCGACACAACGUGACCGUGACAGGCUUGGUGCGAUGGGACCACCUUCAACACCGGCUCCGAGCCAGCGAAUUCCGGGUGGUCAGGGGUCCGGCCAACCCCCUCCGCGACCCGCGUCACUGCCGGCGCUAGGAGCCGGCCCAGAUGCUCGCAGCGGUAACCAGCAAAUGCAAGUGGCGAGUGCUGCCCCAAGGGGCCUUUCUCACGGGCACGCGGUUCGCGAAGAGCGGGGUGGAAGGGCCAGCGCAAUAGAUCCGCAGCUGCGCCACCACGUUGCCCCGCACCACGUAGCAAGCCAGCGGAUUAGCCAGGGACAGAGGGCGUGCUCGCGAUACAUACUCCACUCUGCUGGACAACAGGGAAACCACGAUCUACACAACGCCGGUCGGGUGGUCCAUGUCAGCGCGGUCGCAAUUGCCGACCCGCAGCGGGUGAGAUCGAUCUCGCUCCUUGAUUCUGAAACCGGCUGUUCAUCAGGCACGUUGCAUUGUUUGUUUACGCCAGCAGGUCACCGGGUGUCCGGACUCAGUAUCCAGUACGAACAUCGUCACGGAGCCCCGGAGGAAGUUGAUGAGGAAGACUUGUUCUGGGGAGCGGAGGGCGGGUACGGCCCCGGAUCUCCCCCGGGCGGCGGAAGCCCGCCCCCGCCCCGGCCGCGGCGAGAACCCGCGCCAUUACCACAAGUGGAGCAGCAGGCAUCUGAACAACGCGGCAUUUAUCAACACCAUCCGCAUGGUGAAGGAGGUGGAGGCGGACCUGGAGUUGGCCUCGCCGCGGAUGCUGGGGACGAGGAGUCGUCGUGUGGCUUCGAGGAGGACCUUAUCAAUCGACAAGCCGCCGGACCAGUGGGUCACCCCUUGCAUCAUGGUCAGCACCCACGAGGACAGUACCCCGGGUUUGCAGGCGUCCACCCGGCUGGAUUUCUGCACGCCUACCAAAAUGGACGGCGAAGGGCUGAAGAAUCGGAUCGCAUUCCCACGCGCCCGCGCGAGGCUUACGACAUCCACACAGCGAAGCCGAGCCCGGCAACGCCAGCCGGCGGCGCACCAGGCGUCGACAGAACACCCGCCGGCUCGGCUGAAGGAAAGGCAUCUGCGCUUCGGAGAGACGUGGUGAGCAGUCAGGACAUACUGGUCCAGCAGGCGGUUGAUGCAGUUCAAGCUCAGAUGGAAAACCAGCCGCGCCGCACGAGCUGCGAUUGUCCGGAUUCCUGUUCCUCCACAACUGCUCCCGGCAGCGGGGCGGGAAGCGGAAUCAGUAGCAAUUCUAGCAGUCCGGCUGGCCCGCCUAUGCAGCUUCCAGGCGGGAAUAAUGGUACCUUAAGUGGUGCUCCCGACGGCGCAGGCGGUCUCCAUGACAGUCGCGCACCCGAGUCGCUCGGCGAGGCGGGGCAGCUGCAGCGGGAUCAAGUGCAACCACGAUUACACGCAGGUCGCGGUUCCGACGAGCGGCAAGACCAGCAGCCGCCAUCGUCCCCGGAAGUUCGCGGCAUGAGACCUCAAGGAGACGGGGCUGCCGCUCCUUUUGCGGAUACCGCUGAGGGGGAACAAGUGGCAGCGGCACGGGGUGGACUAAGCCCGGGAAGCAACGCCGAAGAUGGUGCGUUCAGGAGGGCGGACUCCGAGUCUCCACGCCCAUGUCCACCUCCAACUCCAACUCCAGGCACAGGUGGUGACGGCAUGCCCCGUGCAUGAACAGUGGGCUUGUUCAGAAGCCGUGUGGUCCCAUGGAUCUUCACAACGAUGAUCUCCGAGAUUCUUGGCCUGUAGUCGUAAAUUAUAUGCUAUAAUAAGUACUACAUGAUGAACAUGAUAUUCUCGUUUUUCCACCCUUCACUUAUGAUGCUUUCGAUACUGCAAGAAUGUAUUAAAUUCCUCAUUGAUUAUUCGUACUUGUUACUGGUUUAGGCAUGAUCUUCUCGCGUGAGCUGUAGAAGAAGCUCUUCGGACCCUCCAGGGGGCGCCCGGACCCGCAUCAAAAGCAGCCGUGUCUACCUUGCGGUACACAAGUGCUGUGCUUGAGUCCAUCCACACAACCGUCGCUACGACUAUGAGUAUAAUGACAGAGAAUCGAAAUUUUACGUAAGACUGCAACCGCUUCGGCUCGCGAUCGAUGGCUCCAGGCUACCUUCGGGGUUGAUUCAAAAGUGCGGAUGUCGGCCGAAGGGCUUAAGUACUUACUCUGGUUCUCCUGCUAGUAGAUGACUUUUUUGAGAAUAUAAAACCGCAUUGAUGAUUCAUUUAUUUCCGGAUACUAUGUAUUAUCCUACCGAUCGUUUAUUUUGUCGAACGCUACAGUUCGCAAAGGGCGAAUCACUUUAAAGCGACACAAUGAAUUACCGAGAGCGUUUUCUAUACCCUGCGGAAUUAAAAAUAUGCGGCAAGAACGUGAUAAAUAAGUACUCCCCGUGCUCUUCUUCGACCCCUUCUCAAGAAUACAGAGUUAAAAGCAAUCUGAAUUAUUCGUCAGUUUUUGACCACCUGAAUUUUUACCGGUAGAGUACUACUUGAACUACCGUUCUCAUCCCCCUUGUACACUAUAAGUUACACAUAGCGAAAAAUUUGAGCUGAUUUACUUAGUCCGUCUUCACCUGGCAGAAAUGUUCGUUUUUCAUACCAAACCUCGGCUGCAAGACCAGACGGUGGUCAAGCUAGAAGUGUCGAUCGCAAACGCGAUAUGUGGCGCUCUAUGAUCAUUUAGUGCCAAGGUCAGCUGGAAAUCUUGCUGUCCGCUGGAAGUAGCAGUUACAACGCUAAGACGAGAUACGGACAGAUAACCGUAAGCAAUCACGCUAAAAAGAUGCAGGAAGCAUGCCAUGUGCAGAACCGCCCCUGUCAUCGUCAGCAGUUAACUAAUGCAGCUAUCGCUAGGAGUAGGAGCAGAUCAAGAAAUGUCUACAGUUUGUUUUGUCGCCAUCUGUGAGAUGAUGCCAGACUUAACUGAAGUGACUGAUUGAUUGCAUUUUUUCCCAAGUAUGAAUGCUCGGCUUCGGUUCGGCUACAAACACCAGUUCGCAGCGCUGCAGGCAAAAUUGGGAUAACGAAUAUCAUGAACUGAAGCCAGGUGGGACCGAGCAGCCGCCUUACGAUAUCAAAAGGCUGGAUCGAGAUCAGCAAUACGUGGCAGGCAUGAGCUUCUUGAAAUGGAACUACACAUCAUGAAAUUUUCUAUGGAACGAGCUGUAACAGCUAUAAAAAAUGAUGACGGGAACGAAAUCUCCUGAUUUCUCGUGCUCGUCGGCGAUUUUAUGCACUAAUUUUAGAUUCCCUGCAACCUAGAGCUGAUCAGCGUUCUGUUUUUCUUCGUCGAAUAGAAAUAUUCUGCAAUUGUGUGGUUCUGUUUUCACAAGAAGUUUGUACUCUUUUCAUUUUCUUCGACGCAGCAUCGGUACCAUUUUAAUUGUAUCUUCUUCAUUUACUGUAUUUGUGUAUACCGUUAUUCCCUUAAAAAUGUGCAUACAUAGCUUGUGUUUGCUUUAUUUCUACUACUUCUAAAUACCAGUUGGUCAUCAAUCUUUCGCUUCCCAGAAACCUCCCGACCGUUUUCUUUCUCGCUUGUGAGUGCCUUCCUUGCUGCACAUCGGCCGUCGGAGCCUAUUUUUUCGUAGGCUGCUGCGUUCGUCUCCGUUUUUUCAGACAAAGCUAGAUGGAGUGCUAGAGCAGCAGGUGAGAUCUGACAGCUGGAGGGUGUUAGGCAUCAAUUCGAAGUCUCGUCGUCUGACGAAGGUUCUAUUCGCAAGGCGGAAUAUUCUUGAACUUUCAAUCAGCUAGAUCUUCAGCUACUCUCUGACGUCAGGCUCACAUUGAUUGAACGGCACUCCAAACCAAGCUGGCUAGCCUUCUCUUUCCUUUACGUGUAUCUCAUUCUCACCUCACUUGCUGUUGCUUCUAGCAGCUGGUUUGCCGGUGUUCUACACUACGUCGAUUAUGAUCACGACAUUUACAAACUAUGCGACUGACCCGAUUGUGUCGAUUUAAUUUUCACGAUUGUAGCUGCUUUUGUUUACACAGUAGAAAUGGAACAUACACCUCGCCUCGUAAAUGUAUGUUGUGGAAAAUUGACCACCUGCUCAUGAUGUCAACAGUGAACAAAAGCGCCACAGAUAGGGUGCUUCUCCUUUUGUGUGUCAU